AUGCCGCUUCCCCCAGGCCCCGUCUACCUUCUGAGUCGCAUUCCCCGAUUUGCCAUCCCGUCGGCCAUCGUCUACCUCUCCAUCCGCGUGGCACACCAGCAGACUAGCCUCAAGUUACCCUCAUGGGUCGUAUUUGUCGCCUCGCUUCUCGCUCGGCCCGUCAUCUUCUACGUUCACGGGCUAUACGCCGAUAUCAUCAACAAGCGGGAGGCGGCUAAACAUGGAGCGACGCUACCUCCACUCGUGCAGGAGUCGGGACUGAAGGUUAUUCAGACGAUGGUUGAGAACUUGAAGCACGGGUACCCAGCGGAGCCUUUCAGGCGCUGGGCGGAGGGCUAUGGACAUACGUAUCGGAUCCAUUUGUUGACAGAAACCGCGCUGUUCACUGACGACCCCGACGCAAUCAAAGCCAUGCUCGCAACCCAGUUUGAAGCCUUCGAGAAAGGGCCAAUAUUCCAAGACCAAAUUGACGCCCUCCUUGGAACGGGUGUGUUCAACAGCGACGGCGAGAUGUGGAAAUUCCAUCGCGGCAUCACGCGCCCGUUCUUUACUCGAGAGCGUAUCAGCGACUUCGAUAUCUACGCGAGGAACGCAGACCGCUCGCUCAAGCAGGCAAAGAAACGGCUGGCGGAAGGCUACUCCAUUGACUUCCAGGACCUCGUCUCACGCUUCACUCUCGAUUCCGCGACCGAGUUCCUCUUCGGCCACAACGUAUCCUCGCUUUCAGCCGGCCUCCCAUACCCGCCAUCCGCCGCCCACCUCACACCGGCAUCCUACCACACCCAUCCAGCAACAGUAUUCACGAAAGCCUUUAGCGAGGGUCAGCUUCUGGCAUCCUUGCGAACUGGACAAGGGACCGAGUGGCGACUUUUUGAGUUCUGGAAGGAUAAGGUCACGCCUUUGAGGAAGGUCAUGGAUGCAUUCACGGAGCCCGUUAUCAAGGAGGCGCUAGAGAAGGAGGAGAGGGAGAAGGAGGUUAAAGACGAAGAGGAGGGUACGUUAUUGGAGUACCUGGUAAAGCAGACCCAAGAUCCCAAGAUUUUGAAGGACGAGCUCGUCAACCUUCUUGUCGCUGGUAGAGAUACGACAAUGGGCCUCAUCACGUAUUCGGUGUACAUGCUCAUACAGAACCCCCACAUCGAACCGAGGCUCCGUCAAGAGAUAUUCGACACUGUGGGUCCAACGGCACGACCAACGUACGACCACAUGAGGAAGAUGAGGUUUGUAAGGGCGUUCCUAAAUGAGGUCCUACGGUUGUACCCUUCUGUCCCAGUGAACGUGAGGAAGAGUAACAGGGCAGUAUUGUUGCCCAAUUCGGAGCCUGGACAGAAACCCUUCUACAUCCCAGCGGACACGACGUGUAUAUAUGGCGUCCUCAACACGCAUCGUAGAGCCGAUCUGUGGGGUCCCGACGCCCAGAUGUUCGACCCGGAUCGGUUCCUCGACGAACGAGUGCACAAGUACCUCACUCCGAACCCGUUCAUCUUCUGCCCGUUCAACGCUGGACCGAGGAUUUGUCUUGGUCAGCAGUUUGCGUAUCACGAGGCCACGUUCUACCUCGUCAAGCUUCUGCAGCACUUUACUGGCUUCACACUGGAUGAAGAGACGAAUCAACCUCCACUACCGGAAUGGGCUUCGGCAACGGAUAGGAAGAAGGGCGAGGAGGUGCAUCCGAUAACGCAUCUGACGCUUUCUGUUGUGGGAGGAUUUUGGAUAAGGAUGAAACAGCUGAAUCCUGGAGCUUUGGAUUGA